CGGUAGCAGCGCGGGGUGGUGGCAGGGCCCGGCGGAGGCCGCGGGCGGGAGCGGGGCCCUCCCGGGGCGGGGUGGAGCGCGAACCAUCCGCCGGCGGGAGGAGGCGGCGGCGGCGGGCCGGGCCGCGAUGGAGCGGAAGAGGUUAUGGUUCUGAGGAAAGUGUGCUGUGCUGGGCAGUGAGAGAACCAGCAAAUAUCCUCGAGAGCCUAAAGCUGGAAGUGCCGGCUCCACCGCUGUGGCUUGGAGUCUGCGGGGAGAAGACCACCGGCAGCAGCUAGAGGAGUGCUUUUCCUUUGGGCCAAGCUUCCCCAGGAAGAGACAGGACUCUGAGUCAUUUCAGCCCAAGUGGUAAAAAGUUCCGAAGCAAGCCCCAGCUGGCACGCUACCUUGGGAGCUCGAUGGACCUGAGCACUUUUGACUUCCGCACAGGAAAAAUGUUGUUGAAUAAAAUGAACAAGAACAGACAGAGGAUGCGCUAUGACUGUUCCAACCAAGUCAAAGGCAAGCCUGAUUUGAACACAGCGCUGCCCGUCAGGCAGACAGCCUCCAUAUUCAAACAACCUGUCACAAAGAUCACAAACCAUCCCAGCAAUAAGGUGAAGAGUGAUCCUCAGAAAGCUGUGGACCAGCCACGGCAGCUCUUCUGGGAGAAGAAAUUAAGUGGACUGAAUGCUUUUGACAUUGCAGAGGAGCUGGUGAAAACAAUGGACCUUCCAAAAGGUUUACAAGGGGUUGGACCUGGCUGCACUGAUGAAACCCUUCUCUCUGCUAUAGCUAGUGCCCUGCACACCAGCACUAUGCCGAUCACCGGACAGCUGUCUGCGGUCGUAGAGAAGAAUCCUGGAGUUUGGCUAAAUACCUCACAGCCGCUUUGCAAAGCAUUUAUGGUGACAGAUGAAGAUAUUAGGAAGCAAGAGGAACUGGUGCAGCAGGUGCGAAAGAGGCUGGAGGAAGCCCUGAUGGCUGACAUGCUUGCCCAUGUAGAGGAAAUAGCGAGAGACGGGGAAGCUCCUUCAGAGAAAGGAGGAGGUGAGGAAGGAGGAGAAGAGGAGGAGGAGCAGGACCAUGACCAGGAGAUGGAAAAUGUAUAGUCCAGGGAGUUCCAUCUAAGAAUUCCCAGUAUAAACCCUAUCAGCAGGGUCAGCUCAACAAAGCCAAGAGUGUCUGCUGAGUAAAUUGCGCCCACAAUCCAACUGUACCUAUGAGCAUUUUGACGUACACUUCAGGAAACGAUGAAAAGCUGAUGGUUCAUUAAUUGCUGGGUAGUUUUGAAGAUGGAACUUGACCAAACUCUACUUCCCCUCUUUUUUCUAUAGGGGUAGGGUAAUGGGGAAUGCAAAAGUGGGAGGGAAUAACAGAAUAAAAAAUGGUGGGAGGGAGAAUACUAGGAACCAAAUUUCCUGUCUUUUUUUUUUUUUUUAUUGUGGGUCAGCAAUAGGUGAUACAUUUUUAACCUUUUCUAUCAAAGUACUUUUAACAAUGACCCAUAGAAACAAUUUUCUCUCUAACAAAGCGAGAGAGAUGCUGUUUCACUCCUUGGCUACUCUGCUGUAGGCUACCUGUUUGUACCAGACUGUAGGGAGGUCAAUUUAUGUUGUGGAUUGUCAUUCCAUGUGUCAGUUUGGGUCACUGAAUUUCCUUUUCCUCGCAAGACCACAUUGGUCUUGGAAGUGUAGUCUCAGAGAUGAACUGCCAGUGCCUCUUCCAGCUGAUGUUUUGAUUAGUAGGGGAAGUUACACUUGAGGAAUUGGUCUUACAACAAUAGCAAUCGGUUUUUUAGUUAGUUCCAGCACAACUGUGCGCAUUUUUGAUACGGAGUUGUGCAUAUGCCCAAGCAUAGCCGAAUAGAGUUUUGAAGAUAAAUAUACCCACUCUAUGGUAUAUUUUGCUUUGGUUUAAGUCCAGUCAGAAGGAAGGAUGACUCAUUUCUGACUGACAAUGAGAAGAACUUCCUCCUUUCUCUUCUGGUGCCAAGAACCCCGACCUCUGUUUCUGUGUGUGUGGAGGGAAGGGGAUCCAUUCCAAUAGGUGUGUCUACACAUCUGCUUUCGUGUGCAGUAAUGUUCUGACCUCUUUUAAAACAAGAAAGGAAAAAAGGUUGAUUUUUCUAUAAUUGAUAUCUAAAAACAAAUUUAAAGCUUUUUAUUAAGUAUUAAAUCUUUCUUAUUUGCAUGUGCAGUGAAGUGACCAGCAUUUUGUGUCCAAAAAGGAAACUAUGUGAAACCUGCCUUAAUGUGUUUAUAAGUAUUUGGCUUCACCAUGGGUACCUUGAUUGAUUCCUCAGUCUCUUCUAGUACAUCUGUGAGCAUAUUGGGGUAACUUGUGGCUAAAAAGGGGUUUAUCUGGGGAGGGAGAAGAGGGAGAGGGGAGGAAGAUGAGAGUUUAUAGCUUGGAGAAUGUGUUGACUAGGUUACAAAAGUUACUUUAGUCUUAGGGUAUCCAUUGCAUAAUUCAUGCAUGGACAUCUCAGCUGAGAGUACAGUAUGAAGUGGUGGAUUAAAUAUUGUGCUGCUAGCCGAUUGUACAAGUUGUUGGUAUCCCAAAACUUGGGGAAGAAAGUAGCUCCCAGAGCCUUUAUCAUGUAAGAAUGAUUAGCGGUGACCACAAGGGACCAGGGGAGUUACCUGGAAAGUAAUAGCCUUUGGGAGUAGUUCAGCUUAGUGGUCUGAAUAGGUUUAAGCUUCUUGAAAAAAAUCCCAUGCCAAAGUGACUGAUACUAUAUUAACUCUUUUGUUAAAGACUUGAAAAUACAAAAGUCUCUGAUAUUGCUCACUUGGAGUACUGCAAGAAGACUGAAUUGUACUUUGCUGCUGCUCUACCAGGUAUUGCUUUGGGGAACCUUACCUGGUACUGCAGCCAGUGAAAAUUAUUUUCCUUUUUGAACAGUUUGUUACAGUUGUUGUUACGUAAAUCUGUCCUCUUGUAAUUCAUUGUGUUGAAUUAAAUGUUUCUCACAAAGCA